CUGUAUUCCAGGCCACGGAAUUCCUGGACCUUGCUCCUUCGUGUCAGGUUGAGCUCAGUCGGUAAUACGCGCGAUUCAUCACGAUGUCCACCAGAUCUCCACUGGCAGGCGAUGAAAUUCGUACGAUCCACUCCAUGACCCAUAUGAUUUAUCAUCGCAACAAAAACCAGCACAGCGGCGCCAAGUGGUGGAAAUGGCUUCGUAUAUUGAAAAGCUCUAUCUACAAUCUUCUGAUGGCACUUGAAGACGACAUAACUGGAAAUGCUGUUGCAACUUACGAAGACCACCUUCGAAGGCGUCUUAUUCCCAGAUGUUACCUGGCCUUUUCUGCAGUUGUCGCAGAUACGCAGUUCUCCGCUCUUGGCACGGUUUUAUUAGCCAUAGUUGCUCGCGUCGCAGGAGUCGUUGGGAUACAAGAAGAGAAUUUGCAAGAAUCACCCGUUGCUUACGAUGAAGUCGAUAAGCCCUCAUACGGCGUGGCUUUGGGCCAACCUCAAGACAUAGGGGAACCAGUUCACCGAGCAACUAAUGCCCCGGCACUUACUCGUCAGCAAGCGGAUGAUGAGUUGACUGCCGCAAGAGUACGACGUCCGAAAAGUAAAAGCGCAAGUGACGAUCAAACCUCAGCACCGAAUCCAUCCAAGAGCAAACGACAUGAGCCGUCUACUCGCAAGAAGCGAAAGAAGAAUGCUAUAGAUGACCUCUUUAGUAAUCUACUUUGAUCAGAUGAAAUCCAUGAAGCUUCUAUUAACUCAAAUAUUCUGAGAGCGUCAUGUUGCGUUUGUGGGCACCAUCGAGUGCCAAAGAGAUAGUUUGUUCCAUU